UUCUUGACUGGCUUACCUUAAACGACUAUGUUGCUCAGCAAACCGAUUUCAUUAGUCGGCGACAACCGGGUACGGGUCUAUGGCUUCUUGACUCGGUGGAGUAUAAAUCAUGGAUAAAAACAAAUCAACAGACUCUAUUCUGCCCAGGAAUACCUGGUGCUGGGAAGACAAUUCUUUCUUCGAUAGUUGUCGAUGACCUCUUCACUCGAUUUCAAGAUGAUCCAGGGGUCGGCAUCGCAUAUAUAUACUGCAACUUUAAACGACAAGCUGAGCAGAAAGUAAGAGACAUGUGUUUAAGUUUACUUAGACAACUUCUGCAAAUGAGAUCAUCCCUCCCCGAUACCGUAAAGGACCUAUAUAGACGAUAUAAUAACGAUAAGCGACAACUAGCCGAUAGUGAAAUCGCAAAAUCUUUAGAAACGGUCGUUUCUCUGUAUUCAAGAGUAUUCAUUGUCAUCGAUGCACUCGAUGAGUGCCAAACAUCUGAUCUUUUUCAAUCCAAACUCAUUUCGGACGUCUUUAAUCUUCAGAAAAAUCACGGAAUAAAUUUCUUAGUUACGUCAAGGUUUAUCCCUCAUGGACAUGUUUAAAGAGUGCACCACAUUAGAGAUUCGCGCAAGCGAAGGAGACGUAAGGAGAUACGUGGAGGACCAUAUGGAACAGCUACCAUCCUUCGUCCGGGAGUCGGAAAUGAAAGAAGAGGUCGUAAAUACUGUUUCAGGAGGCGUUGAUGGAAUGUUCCUAUUGGCGCAAUUAUACCUUGGAUUCCUUGAUGACAAGACGACCAUCAAAGAGGUCAAAACCGCAUUGAAGAGUUUCCAGAAGCAAAGUGAACAGCCGACUGAAGAUAUGAAAGUUCAAGUCCUUAACGAUGCAUACGAGAUAGCCCUGGAGAGAAUAAAUGGCCAGAAAAGGGGGUUCAGAACCCUGGCGUUCAGGGUUUUUUCAUGGAUUACAUGUGCCUCCAGACCAUUGAAUACACUAGAACUGCAGCAUGCGCUUGCUGUGGAAGUUGGUGAAAAAGAGCUUGACAACGAUAAUGUUACUGAAGUCGAGUUGAUAAUCUCCGUAUGUGCUGGAAUACUUCGAGAAAACGCAAAGACAUUGGUUUCCGGAAGCACAUGUUUCUAUAACGAAAGUUUGCGUUACAUACCUUUCCUUCCAAUAUUUCGCAGGCGAGACGCCCCAAAUGCUGGAAGAGGUUUCAAGGCGAUGCAAGUCACACCCUUUUUAUCGCUAUGCAGCAAACUACUGGGGAUAUCAUGCCCGGUUAGCCCAUAUAGACCAUCCAUGUCAGGAGGUCUGUCCUUUAUGGAAAACUCGGCUCAGGUCGAGGCGUCGGGUCAUGCAAUAACAUAUUACCCAGUUCACUGGUCUGGUGGCACCACGAGAGGGCUGACUGGGUUACAUCUGGCAAGCUACUUUAACCUUCCAAAUGAGCUCAACUACAUUGUGGAUAAUCAAAACUUAGAGGCCCAAGAUAGUAAAGGUCGGACACCACUAAUCUACGCGGUAAUACACAAACACGAAACAAUAAUAAAGCUAUUGGUUGGGAAGGGGGCAAACAUCGAAACGAGGGGCGAUGAAUAUAAGAGAACACCGCUUCUGUGGGCGGUAUUUAUGGGACUUCAAGACAUCGCCAUGUUCCUAAUAGAGAAAGGUGCUGAUCUCCACGCUAGGGACUUCAAAAACAAUACGGCAUUGCAUUUUUCAGUACGAUCCGGUCUUCAAGUCAUAACUAGGGCAUUAUUAGAAAGGGGUGCUGAUGCCAAUGUCAUGGAUAGCUCCGGCUAUACGCCGCUGAUGAUGGCGGCAAAUAAAUGCAACAAGACUGAAGUUCAAUUGCUGCUGAAUAAAGGAGCAGAUAUAAAUGUUGCAACCGAACUUGGCGAGGCGCCCCUGACAACAGUUAUAAGGAAAGGACGUGAAGAUAUCGCCCAGUUAUUACUGGAACAUGGUGCUAAUAUUAAGGCUCAAGAUAUGAGUGGCUAUACAGCGUUACAUAUAGCAUCACUCCACGAAUAUGGGAACGUAUUUCAGUUACUGCUGCAGCAUGGUGCUAGUGUUGAGGAUCUAAGUUUUAGUAGAAGGACACCGCUGCAUUUAGCUGUACAGGAGGGACACGAAGGUAUAGCCCGGUUACUACUGGAGAAUGGUGCUAAUAUUGAGGCUCGCGAUGAUAUUGGCAUGACGGCGCUGCAUUUAGCAGUAUUCAACCAGCAUGAAAGCUUAGUUCGUUUACUUCUGGAUCAUGGGUCGAACACUCAAAUUGGAGACGACUUUGGCCGUACGGCACUGCAGUGCGCAAUUUACUAUAGACAUAAGACUGUAGCUCGCUUACUGAGGGAGCAUGCAACUAGUCUCACAGACAAGGCCGUUAUAGCAAAAGCGACGAGCACUACGGUAUAA